AUGAAGGAACUACAGAGACUUUGGUUUCUGUUGUGGGUCUGUGUUUUGCGAGUCCUUCCUGCGUUCUGUUGGCACGACCUGGAUAACAGCGAGUAUGACUGCUGGCCUCUGGACCGACCAAACGAAUACAACAUGAUCGACUGUGGAGGGAUGGAGAUGGCCUGGGUGCUCCGGCCUCCAGAGACGGUUAAAACCGGGGAGAUGUUUACCGUCAUCUACUCCGUCACUGCCCGGGACUCCUUCUACCACUGGGCGGUCCAAAACGGCGUCUUCACUCAAAGUUCCAUAACAGACGCUGCAUCGGCCCAGUGGUUCUGUGAACAUCAGGAUUGUCCAGCCAGCUGGGCAGACGCUAACGGGGAAAACUGCUGCAUCCAUCACGCUAACAUCCACUCCUGUCCAAUGGGAUACAUGACGGAGAGCAUCUGUGGUCCCUGGAUUCCUGAUGAUGGAAAAAUCUUCACUCACACCAUCUCCACCACUGGUAAGAUGUCCCAGAUCAACUGGACUGCCAAGGUGGUUCUGUUCCAUCCAGGUUUAACGUCACUCAUUGCUCACAUCAGAGUCGGGACCAUGCAGGCUGCAUUAGAGGCAAAGAGCACCGUUCUGCCAGCUGUGGUUUGCGGCGAUAACGUCUGUGAGGAAGGGGAGCAGUGCUCCACGUGUCCAGCUGACUGUGGAGAAUGUCCCAUGAGUCCCUCCACUAAGGUGGCCAUCGGCCUGCCGCUCAGCCUGCUCUGCCUUUCCUUUGUCCUGACCGCUGUGUGGCUAAGGUAUCAGAAGGAGAAGAUGCUGUGGGACGAAAGCUGGAUCAUUGACUUCUCGACAAUUAAACAAGAUCAGGAAACCAAUAUGACCAUGGGCAGCAUCAUGAGCGUUCCUGUCGGACACACAGACAGCAAUGUGAGCUGUGUGACCGCCCUCAGCACCUGUACAGGUCAACCAACCAACCGGAAGGGGCCGUUCACCUGCACCGGGAUAUACGACGGCAGAACAGUGGCCAUCAAAAAGAUCCAAUCAAAGUCCUUCUCUCUUUCCAAAACCAUCAGACAGGAAGUCAAACAAGUCAGGGAGCUCGAUCAUCCAAACCUGUGUAAGUUCAUUGGCGGAUGCAUUGAAGUACCAAAUGUUGCCAUAGUAACAGAGUACUGCCCAAAGGGGAGUCUUCAUGAUGUCCUUCUGAACGAGGAGAUCCCCCUCAACUGGGGCUUCAGGUUUUCCUUCGCUACUGACAUCGCCAGAGGAAUGUCCUACCUCCAUCAGCACAAGAUCUGUCAUGGCCGACUCAAGUCUCUGAACUGUGUGCUAGAUGACCGCUGGGUGUGCAAAAUAACAGACUACGGGUUGAGGACAUACCGGAGGGGCGAUGGGGUGGAGCCUUUGUCCUCUUAUCAGCAGAGGCUCCAUGAGGUAUACAUGCCACCAGAGUUUCAGAACUCCAGCGUGGAGCCGACACUCGCUGGAGAUGUGUUCAGCUAUUCUGUCAUUCUUCUGGAAAUCGCUACUCGCAGUGACCCAGUCCCUCCAGAAGAGUCUAACUUGGAGUGUGCGUGGUGUCCUCCUUUACCAGAGCUGAUCUCCAGUAAAGCUGACAAAACCUGCCCCUGUCCUGCAGACUAUGCAGAGCUGAUUCGUCGAUGUCGCUCUAAUAACCCCGUCCAUCGACCUACGUUUGACCAAGUGAAGAAGUUUGUUCACCGCAUCAAUCCCAUCAAAGUCAGCCCAGUAGACAUGAUGAUGAACCUGAUGGAGAAGUACAGUAAACACCUGGAGGUCAUUGUGGCUGAGAGGACUCAGGAUCUGAUGCUUGAGAAACAGAAAACCGACAGACUUCUGUACAGUAUGCUUCCUAAACAGGUAGCGGAUGAUCUACGUCAGGGGAAACCAUUACAGGCUCAGAGUUACGUUAGCGCCACUGUCUUCUUCAGUGACAUCGUAGGGUUCACCCAGCUGUCCAGCAGCAGCACUCCUUACCAGGUAGUCGACUUCCUCAACAAGCUGUACACCACAUUUGAUGACAUCAUCGACAACUACGACGUCUACAAGGUGGAAACCAUCGGAGACGCCUACAUGGUGGUGUCAGGCGUUCCUCAGGAGAACGGCAUCCUGCACGCCUCAGAAAUCGCCAGCAUGGCCCUGGACCUGGUGGGUGUCUGUCGCAACUUCAGGAUCCCCCACAAACCCAACAUGCAGCUGCAGAUACGAGCAGGAAUUCACUCAGGUCCGGUGGUGGCUGGAGUCGUGGGGACCAAGAUGCCUCGAUACUGCCUGUUUGGUGAUACGGUCAACACAGCUUCCAGGAUGGAGUCCACAAGCCUGGCUCUGAAGAUCCAGAGCAGCUCCAGCACCUUCUACCUGCUGGAGGAGAUCGGUGGCUACGUGCUGGAGUGCAGAGGAACGAUGCAGGUCAAGGGAAAAGGGGACAUGGUGACGUACUGGCUGGAGGGGAAGAAGACCCCCGGGGUCUCCAAGGACGUCGGAAAUGAGAUUAGAGAAACCAAACAACACAACGUGGAAACCGAGGAGAAGGAGCUGUACUCGUCCAUGCCAGGGUUUGUCAGCGAAGAUCUCCUCAUGGAUCCAACCUGAUGGAAAAUGCAUACGAUCCAUGUCACUAACUGCAGCGUCAUCAGUUUUAGUUCUUCAGUCGUCAUUAAGAAAAAUGUCUCAAACAUCAAAGCAGUUAUGUUAAAUUAUCUCUUUAUUAAAAAUCCUUUCU